ACGAAGAAGAGAGCAAUUGAUUCCUCAACGGUAAUUCAUGAAGCGCGUAUUGCUCGCUAGCUUGCGCAGGAGAGAAGAUUCAGCGGGAAAUUAAUCCUUACGUAUAGUUGAGAUCGAGACGGACGACCGCGAGUUGGUCUGGGAAAAGAAGCGGACGGGUCCGAAGGAUAUUUACUUUUUUUUUCCUUUUUGGUGAAGACUUUUCGAGCUUGACAAAGGAAAAAAUGGUUCAGGUGGUGACGAAGACCACCGGCUUGAGGAAAUACUUUCCUCAACUGCUUGCUGGCUUUGGGGUGACCAUGAUAAUGGUGCAGCUAGGGUUCUCUUCGGGCUGGUCGUCGCCGUACCUGGCCAAACUCACGGCCUCGGACUCCCCGCUGCACCUCUCCCUCGCCCAAGCCUCCUGGGUCGCGUCGUUGCUGAAUCUGGGACGGUUGUUGGGUGCCUUUUUGGGGGCCAUUUUGGUCCAUUACUGCGGCAGCAAGCGCACGUUGCUCCUCACCUUGCUCCCCAUAAGCAUUUGCUGGGCCCUGACCAUACUGGCCCAAAGCGCCGAGUGGCUGUACGCGGCGCGCUUCUCCGGCGGCACGGGCCUCGGCAUGACCUACAGCUCGUUUCCCUUGUACCUGGGCGAAGUGGCGCUACCCAAAAUACGAGGCUCCCUCGUCUCCCUGGCUGCUUGUGGCGGUACUUUUGGAAUAAUGCUCGGCAACCUCGCCGGCUGCUACCUCGACCACCAAGUCUCUGCUGCCAUCUACCUCGUGCCCUGCUUUCUCCUCAUGGUCCUCUUUGCCUGGCUGCCCGAGUCGCCCCAUCACCUAGUCAAAGUAAACGAGCUGGACAAAGCGAGGAGCUCGAUCGAGUGGUACCGUGCCGGCGACAGAACCUCGGAGGAGCUGGAAGAGGUGGUGAAGUUCGUCUCGAGCGCGAGCUCCGAGUCUUUGGUGGACAAACUGGCCCAGUUUCGCCAGCCGGUCAUCAUGCGCGCCACGAUCCUCGUGAUCGUGCUGUGGACCUUCAUGCAGAUAUGCGGCUUCAACAGCGUCCUGUUUUACAUGGAAAUCAUCCUUAUCCAAGCCAAGUCCCACCUAGUCGAGCCGAAAGUCGUGGUAGUCUACGUGAGCGCGUCAGCAGUCGUCGCCUCCGUCUUAUCGAUCGUCCUGAUCGACAGAUGCGGCAGGCGAGCGUUGCUAGUAGCUUCGAGUCUCGGGGUGUCGGUCGCAAUGUCCGGCCUUGGCGGUCACUUUUGGCUGAUCGACCACGGCAUCGACGUCGACGAUUUCCAGUGGCUGCCCGUGGCGUCGAUCUUCCUGUUCGACGUGGCCUUCUUUCUGGGGCUCAUGUGCGUGCCGAGUGCCGUUCUCAGCGAGCUCUUCCCCUCGAACGUUAAAUGCAUAGCGGCCUGCAUGUGCAGCCUCACCAGCGCGAUAUUCGCUUUCGUGGCGACCAAGUCGUACCAGCCGCUCAUCGACCUCAUCGGCCAGAGCAACGUUUACUUUACGUACUGCGGCUUGACGUUGCUGGUCGUGCCUUACGCGCUGAUCUGCAUGCCGGAAACCAAGGGCAAGACGUUGCAGCAGAUUCAGGAUAAACUCGUGAAACGCUGAGUCGGCCCUUCGACUCGAGGCUACGUUUGUACACGCGAGGUGGAUUUCGUUGCAUUUUGCGCUGGGCGCAUUCUACGUUUGAGAUUUACUGUAGUGCCUUUUUUUUUUUUUAAAGUUUACUUAACGGUUUUUCGUGAUGCUUUUUUACAAAUGUGUGUGAGGAAAUCCAUAUCAAAAUAUAUCCCGUUUUUAUCUCCCAUUUGAACAAAAAAAAUUUUAAUUGAGGCCCACCUUUGAGAUAGGACUCAUUUUGUGUGUGCCUUGAAAUACAUUUUUUUUUUUUUUUUUUUUUUUUAUUAAAGUGGGGGACAAAAACGGGGUAUUUUUUGUGGAUUUCCUCGUAUAUAUUUCAUUAAUGAUGAUACGAGUAGAUGUAAUACUUUGUUUGUUUUUCCAUCCUCCUAGUGUAUAACUACGCGUGAGAUUUUUUUAGACAUUAAAAUUUUUCGUGUGAUUCAUAAUAUCCCUUUUGUAGAAACCAUAGGUGGUACGUGUACGUGAUAGAAACAAGUAUAUUAUUUAUUUAUAUGUUAAAUUUUUCCUCCCGUCACACAAGAGGCUGAAAUGAAUAACAAAAAAAAAAGUAAUAAUAAUAAUAAUA